AUGGAUCAUAUCAGGAAGAACAGUGCUGUGGCCGCAGACAAAUCCGACGACAGUGAGAAGGUCCCGGCGUAUAAUGUUUCUGAUGGCGAUAGUAUCAUCAUUGGAAAUGUGUCUGAUCUCAAGCGGAAUCUCUCUGGUCGCCACAUUCAGAUGAUUACGAUAGGAGGCUCCAUUGGAACGGCCCUGUUCGUGAGCAUUGGCACGGGUCUUGUAAAUGGAGGACCGGGGAGUUUGCUCAUUGCCUUUAUACUUUACUGCUUCUUUUUGGCGUCGGUCAAUAAUUGCAUGGCUGAGAUGACUGUGUUCAUGCCGGUCAGUGGUGGGUUCAUUCGAAUGGGUAGUAAGUGGGUGGAUGAAUCGUUCGGCUUCAUGUUAGGCUGGAACUUUUUCCUCUAUGAGGCUUUUCUUAUUCCUUGGGAAAUCAGUGCCUUGAAUUUGGUGUUGACCUUCUGGAGAGAUGAUAUUCCUGUCGAGGCUGUAUGUGCAGCUUGUAUUGUGCUCUAUGCAAUUAUCAACCUUUUCGCGGUCAAGUUGUACGGAGAGUCUGAGUUCUGGUUGUCUACUGGUAAACUGUUCCUUAUUGGCUUGUUAUUUGCCUUCACGUUCGUUACCAUGGUUGGGGGGAAUCCUAAGCAUGAUGCAUAUGGGUUUCGAUAUUGGAGAACGCCGGGAGCAUUUGCGGAAUACGUUACAACAGGUCCGCUGGGGAAGUUCGAGGGGUUUUUGGCUGCAUUAUGGAAGGCUGCCUUCACAAUUGUCGGACCAGAAUAUAUUGCGAUGUUGGCAGGUGAGGCCGCGCACCCACGUAAGAAUCUCAAGAGGGCCUUCAAGACAGUUUAUGUUCGAUUCGGCAUCUUCUUCAUCGGAGGUGCUUUAGCUUGUGGCAUUGUAAUCCCGUACAACGACGCAGAUCUAAUUGCCGCUCUCAAUGGAACUAGCUCUGGAACCGCUGCCGCUUCCCCAUAUGUUAUUGCUAUGCAGAACAUGGGUAUUGGUUUCCUUCCGCAUCUCACAAAUGCACUCUUGGUCACCAGUAUUUUCUCAGCCGGCAACUCAUACGUUUUCUGCGCCUCCAGAACUCUCUAUUCUCUGUCACUAGACGGCCACGCCCCGAAGUUUCUCAGAAAGUGUACCAAGAACGGUGUUCCAAUCUGGUGCUUCUGCAUUACCAUGAUCUUUCCCUUCCUCAGUUUCCUGUCCAUCGGGAGCAGCUCCGCGCAGGUCAUCACAUGGCUUGCCAAUCUCACCGAAGCUUCUCAGAUGAUCGAUUACAUCUGCAUGUGCACCAUCUACAUAUUCUUCUACCGCGCCAUGAAAGCCCAAGGCUACGACCGCAAAGACCUCCCCUACAUCGGCUGGGCACAACCUUACUGCGCCUGGUUCGGUCUGGUAACCAUGAUCUUCACUGUCACCGUUUACGGGUACACGGUGCUCCUUCCCGGCUGGUGGGACAUCGGAACCUUCUUCUCAUACUACACUAUGGUCUUCGCGUGCCCCGUUUUCUACGUAGGCUGGAAGAUCAUCAAGAAGACAAAGAUCAUCAAACCCGAGGAAGCGGACUUGGUUUGGGAAAGGCCUGCUAUUGAUGAUUAUGAGGCCAAUACUCUAGAACCGCACAUGACCUUUUGGCAGGAGAUUAAGAAGAUGGUCGGGCUUGGGAAGAAGGAAGAACAUGCAGAGUGA